AUGGAGAAUGCCGCUUCUCGCUUUGGUCAGCACCUUGCGCAUACCGAAAAAAAAUAUCGUGACCGUGCUGUAAAAAAGUUGACAAUAUACUUAACAAAGAAGAAAACAUGGACAGCAUUGGAAUGGGACAAACUUUGGAAAGCAUUGUUUUACUGCAUGUGGAUGAGUGACAAACGUCCUGUUCAAGAAGAAUUGUCGACUAAUUUAGCUGCACUUGUUCAUCGUAUUCCAACUGCUAACAUGGCGUUAGAAUUUGUGCAUUCGUUUUUUCGUACUAUGCAUCGUGAGUGGCAUGGACUUGAUGGUCUUCGUCUUGAUAAAUUUUACUCAUUAGUACGUAAAUUUAUCCACGAGACUAUUGUAUUACUGCGUAUACAAGAUUGGCAAGAAAAGUUGGUGCAAGAGUUUGUCAUGAUUUUAUCUACAGAAGUUGUCAAUCAAUUGCCAAAUGGAUUACGUUUGCAUUUAGCGGAUGUAUACUUGACGGAAGUGUAUACAGCAGCAAAAGAUGUGACAACGAAGGCAUUUGUGAUGCUACUAGAGCCAUUUUUCUCUUUAUUAACGUCUGAGUAUGAUAAAACAGUGUUUAAGCGUGUACGAGAUGUUGUGUUUGAAGAUAUGGUGCGAAAGUACCAAUUUCAAUUGUAUAGUGAUGAUAAAAAGGAGAUGAAUUGCGAGAAAGAAGCAACGGAUGAUGAAGAGGAGACAAUGGUGUUUGAAUGUGUGGACUUAGCACAAGUACAACAUCGUAUCUUUGCUAUUGCAUCAGCAGAUGAUACAAUUGAAUGUAAUCGUGCAGCACUUUACACGUUAUACAAGAAAUACUUUAGUAUUACACAUGUCGAUUCAUUUCAAUUUCGAAUGGAAGAAUCGGUGAAGGUACAGGAGAAGGAAGAAAAGGUUGAAGAGAAAACAAGUGAGAGUGAAAAGGAGAACGAGACGAAGAAUGUCAAAAAGUCUAAGAAACGCAAAGUUAAGAAGAAAGUUGAGGGUGAGGAGAAUCAAGUUCAGUCUACGACAUUGAAGGAAGAGAAGAUUGAAGAUGUUCAAACGAUUGUGAAAACGACGACGAAGAAGAUUAAGACACAGAAAACAUGUGAUGUUGAGACUGAAGCAGUGAGUAGUGAACAGUCGAAGCAGGAGAAGAAAAAUGAUCUUACUGAGAUGAAGAGUGGUCAAAAAUUUAAACGCUGCACUUCUUGCGGGGGAUUCGGCAAAGGGUUGGUAUCGAAAGACAAAACGUUAUGUGGCCAUUGUGAGCGUGAUCAGAAAAGCCAAAGGAAAUCGGCGAUUCUGUCGUCGAAGAAGCGUAAAGCUGAGGCUUUAGCUCAAAGUGCUUGGGAGGAGGAGGAAAAGACUGAAGUGAGCAAGAAAGUAACAUUUGGAAAGAGCAAAGCACUUCGACACACUGUGUCAGUUAGACGACUACGAGCGUCAGCCAAACAAGAUAUUGUUGCUCAGGAUAAUAAGGAAAUUAAGAGCGUGCUCAAGACAUCGACACAAGUGGUAGCCAAGAGUCCAAAAAAGAAGACGAGAAGGGGACGAAUGACAGCGGCUGACUUUAUGUAG